UUCCAGUAACUUCCUUCAUUCGAAGCGCUUAAUUGAAUAUCUGUUGGAGAAACUAUAACAACAAUAUCGAUGGGAGCUUUUCGCCUCAGUUCAACGAUCAAUUGCGAACAGUUCAAUUUCAACUUUGUUGGCGCGCACUUCGAAAUCUAAGCGUUAAUUACGGAAUAACACAAUAGUUCUAACUAUUUUGGAAGACUUCCUAGAAAAGUGAAACGUGAAUGAAAUAAAUUUGUUUAGUAAAUUGAUGUCAUCCAAGCUGCCAAUAGCAUUGUAAUUAUCACUCACUUAACAACAACAACUGCGACGACGACGACGACGACGACAACGACAGUGAAGCGCACUCUCCAUCUUCUGUUGACAUUACUCUGCGGCGAGGUCAAGCUCUUAAUUGAAUUACAUCCAAACGAACAUACAUAUGUACAUACAUAUCUACACAUGUCUGUAGUACAGUACUAUAGAAAAAAUAACGGCAAACAAGUUCUCUAACCAACCCAACCAUCCAACAACGACGCCGCCGCCGCCGCCGCCGCCGUCGCCGUUCUCAGUUGCCACCGCGUCAGCUGGCAAUGCACUAACUGCAGUUGGCAGACAAUCACCCACGGGGACAAUGGCAAAACAUCUGGAUAUAGUACCUGCAACAUUACAACGCAGCCUCUUUGUUUUGCUGCUUUGGGCGCUCAUCCUGCAGGCGGCAAUCGUACAAAGAGAUGCACCCAUCGCAACGGCAGACAAAGUGUAUGCCGAUGCUGCUGCCCGCCCUUUCGCAAGUACGAGUAACAAGCCACCGGAGUCGCCAACACCGCCCCGCACAUGCAAUUCCAUUGAGGUGCGCACAAGGAAGGAUUUUGCAUUGCUACAGAAUUGUACGCGCGUGUUGGGGCAUGUGUGGCUGGCGCACUUGCAAAUGACGCCCAACGAUGUUGCCGCGCGGCAAUUCGCCUCCACCGUGACGGAGAUUAGCGAUUAUCUGUUGGUACAUCGUGUGCAUGGCCUACGAAGUUUGGAGCAAAUAUUUCCACAUCUACAAAUUAUACGCGGUCGUCAAUUGUUGUUCGAUGAGUUUGCGCUGGUAGUGUAUGAGAAUCGCGAUUUGCAAGAUUUGGGCCUGAAGUCAUUGCUACGCAUACAAAAGGGUAAUAUACGCAUUGAAAGUAAUCCAUCUUUGUGCUAUGUGGAUACGGUGAACUGGGUACAGCUGCUGGGCAAUAGCACGCAGCAACAUUUCUGGCAUAAGAAUAAUAAAUUGCACAAUCACUGUACGCAAUGCGCUCGCAGCACCAGGCAAGUUAUCGUCGAGGAAGAUCUUCCGGAGAAGUUGCGUAAGCAUUGCUGGAAGUUUAAUAUGCCACAACGACGGCCUGCUACCAGCAACAUUGUCAAUUGCCGGUCGGAGUGCGGCAUGCGUGGCUGCGAUGAAAAUGGUAGCUGUUGUGAUCGUAAUUGUCUGAGCGGUUGCGACGGCACGAACUGUGAGUUGUGCGCGAAUCUGAACAUGGAGCGACAAUGUGUGGACGCUUGUCCACAGAACUACUAUCAGUAUCAAGAUCGCGAAUGCAUCAGCGCCGCCAAGUGCCGCCAAAUGGGUUGGAUACCACACCCUCCUGACUCCGGCUGUUUGGAAACAUGUCCCAAGAACCAUUUGAGCCAAGUCGAUGCAAAAGGACAAACAUACUGUAAAUUGUUAUGCGCUGGAAAAUAUAGCAUACACACAGCAGAUGAUUUCGAAAGCUUAAAGGGUUGUAUUACCAUAAAUGGUUCAUUAACCAUAGAGUUGACCGAUGUUAAGACCAAAAUCACCGACUUGGAUAAUGCGCUGGUUAAUAUCACCGAAAUCACAGGCUAUUUGAAAGUCAUAAACUCACCACAGUUGCUGUCGCUGCAUUUCUUGCGCAAUUUAGUCACCAUACGCGGUGAAGAGCUUAUAGAUGAUUUGUAUGCACUUUAUGCUGUCGAUAAUUACCAUUUAUCUGAAAUUUGGACGCCAAAUCAAAAUGUUGCCAUAUUAAAAGGCAGCAUUUAUUUUCACCUCAAUCCGCGACUGUGUUUGAAUAAGAUUCGUCAACUUGAGAAGUCUUUAAAAAGCGCCAAACCUAUUACCACAGUAAAUGUUUCACCACACUCAAAUGGAGAACGGGUUAUUUGUAGCAGUCCUCUGGGCGUCUUAAAUGUAACUGUUGAAGAUUUCAAUUCUACAGCUGUGCGUCUGAAAAUAGAUAUAUUUACCGUUAAUAAUAUACAAAUUAUACUGGGCUAUGUGUAUUACUAUAAGGAAGCGCCCAUUAAGAAUGUCACUCUCUACGAUGGACGACAUGGCUGCGGACAUGAUAGUUGGCGUAUGGAUAUAAACCCGACCAAAAAUGUGCGCUAUAUAAUUUCAAAUCUGAAGCCUUAUACACAAUACGCCUACUUUGCGAAAACCUUAACAAUGACUGACUAUCAUAUACAAGUAGACGCAUAUUCGAAAAUUCAAUACUUUCGUACGCUACCGAGUAAACCGGGACCGGUGAGAAGAGUCUAUUACACUGCAAUCGCCAUCGAUAAAAUAGUUCUCCACUGGUGGCCACCGCACAUGCCCAAUGGCGAAAUUGAGAAGUAUUUAAUCUAUCACGAAAAAGUGAUCAUUGGUAAACAUAAUGUUACUCUAGGAAAUCAUCCAGAAUUUUUGAGAUACUCAUCAUCAUGCGAGUGUGUUGUUAUAAACCCUGAAUACAGUGGUCCACUACCCAAGGAUGAAAAUUAUUAUAACAAAGAUCAAAUAAUUUAUGAAGAAACUUUGCCGAAUUUAAUUUUUGUAUCGUAAGUAGAAACAUAACUUUAUUUUAUU